AUGGCGCUGUCCAUAUUUGUACCCAUCGGCUAUGUGGCCACGCUAGUCGUGUCGAUGCUAGUGUUCUCGCGCAUCUACCGACGACGAUCGGCACUCAACCUGGCCAAAUCGUAUCAGCCAUGGUUCGCCGAAGGCCACGAAGCAAGAGACAUCUACCAGACGCUCGUAGCAGCCGACCCGCCUGCCCCGGAAGAGGUGCUGAAGGCGGCGUUGCUCCACCGCGCCAUGACCGACGUGCGCCGAAUCAUGCGCAUGCGCGACGACAAGCAGGCACUUGGCACUCUUCUCCAGAAAGGAUCGAUCGGCGACGAGACCAUGGCGCGCUUCACAUUGGCAGAGAAGGAGCUCGAGGCAGAGAUCCUCGACGUCGUCUCCGAGGCAAACACGUUCAGGGAAGGAUGGGGACAACUAAUCUUCCCAACAGCGAGCGAGAUGGUCGCACAUCUAAAGCAUAAGGAGAUCUACUACGAUAUUCAGCGUCAGCGAGCAGCGGAAGUCAAGAGGCUGGAGGAUGAGGGCAAGCCGGUGCCAAAGCCGACGGUGGAGCUGCCGCCGCUGGUUACGCCGCCUGGGACCAAGAUUGAGAUUCAGGGCGGACCGGGUGGCCAAGCAGGCCCGGCACCUGGCGGACCAAAUGGUCCAGGAAUUAACCUGCCCAUGACCGGAUCGGGAGCCGACGCUAGAGUCACCCUGCCAAACGGUCUGCAGGUGCAUCCCGCCCAGCUUCAGGCGCUGAUGCAAGGACCACUGCCACCCAACAUGCCACCGCAGCAGGCGGCCAUGAUCAUGGAGGCGCGCGCCCAGCUGCAAGCGCUGCAGGAACAGGCACAGGCACAAGCACAGGCUCAACAGGGAGGCGAGGCGCAGAAGAUCGAGGUCGCUGCAGAGACGGGGAUCAAGGAGGUGGCUAGCGCGGGCGCUGCAUCGAAAGCCAAGACAGCGUCGGUGGAGGAUGGCGAGGAGGCAUAA